UGUGCGUCCAGCCAAUUCCACUUUUCGAAUCAUGGAGGCAGAACAGAUUAUGGAGGGACAGCAGCAGGUUCCAGAAAAUCCCCAUUCUGAAUAUGGCCUCACUGAAAACGUAGAGAGGAUAGUAGAAAAUGAGAAAAUAAACGCGGAGAAAACAUCCAAGCAGAAGGUGGAUCUUCAGUCGUUACCCACACGUGCCUACUUGGAUCAGACAGUUGUACCUAUCUUGCUACAGGGACUUGCUGUUCUUGCAAAAGAGAGGCCGCCAAAUCCCAUUGAAUUUCUAGCAGCAUAUCUUUUAAAAAACAAGUCACAGUUUGAGGACCGAAAUUGACUCCCUAAGAAUGAGGACAGUUUGGCUGCUAGACUGAAACGCUCAUUUGCCACCAUUUGUUUUCUGCUGUAAAAAUCCUUUGGAACCAUGAUGAUCUCUCUCUUAAUCGCACAAUUUGCUUUACCUUCUGAGUUAUUUAAUAAAGCACACUCAACGUUUAAUUUUUCACUUGUUUUAAACCAGCUAUUAAGAGUCUUUCAAAAUAAAGUACUGAAACGGCAC